CCAAAUCAAUGUCCACUGUUUGCCUAUUACACCAUUAGCCUAUAACAGCACAAAUAUUCAGGUUCAAUGGAAUAGGAAUAUUUAUACCAUUCAUCUCGCUAGGUCAUGUGAUAAAAUUUACCUUUCAGCUCAAGUCGAGGAUAAAAUAAUACGCAACGAACAGUGCUCUAUUCAGGCAUAAAGAUAAAAUGCAUUUUGGAUUAGCUAAUUGGUAAUGCCUGGGUCACAUUUGCUCCGAUCCAUCAACCGGCCCCCGCCCGAUUGAGCAUUUUGUUCAAAAAUGAAUGCAAUUCUGAACAAAAUACUCAAUCUGCCGGGCGCCGGCCGAAUGGGAGCAAAUGUGACCCAGGCAUAAGUUGUGAGUUAUAUCAUCAAUGGUCAACUUUUGUGGAUGCACUACUAAAUUAUUGCACAUUUCGUUGAAAGUCAAAUAUGACAAUGGAAGAAAGAACAACCACUUUAUUGAUCACAGCUGUCAGGUUACGAAACUAUCUAGCCAGAUGGAAAUGGAUUAUUGCCGGGGUUUAUGGAAUGAUUUUGAUAUUAAUAAUGACUAACAUAGGGAAACCGAUGAUAAGAAACGAACAACUGAACGGGGUCAUCGAGUCUCUGGAUUCAAGGACUGUGAAACGCGAGACAUCAGGAACAGCCGAGAAGCGCAACCUGACCCGAAAGGAAAAAGACAUCUUACUUGUGGAAGAAUAUAAGAAUUAUGUCAAGACACACAAUAUAACUGUUACCAUGUUCACAACAUUUGCGGAUCGUGAGGAAUCGAGAUACAUCAUCCAGAAUAACACUGUCCUUAACUGGCUACACCUCCAGAAUGUCAAUUUUAAACUUAUCCUUUUCGGAAAUAGACAAGAAAUUGCGGAUUACCAACUGCAGCACGUCAAGAGCUUCAAAAAGCGGAUAAAAUCAUUACAAACCGAUGCGCACUGGCGUAGAGAACCUUCAUACUUAACCUCAAAUGAGUUGUACGAAUCCAAAAGUUAUUCAAAGAACAAUUCAUAUUACCAAACCUGGGAUUUUAUCCCCUUGGAAAAGCACCUAACUGCUCAUGGAAGACCUAUAUUGAAACAAAUGUACUUGGAGGUACAGAGGCGCUAUAAUUCCGACCUUUACAUGUACGUUAAUGGAGACAUUCUAUUCCAUGCUCGAUCAUUCCUUCAUACGCUUUAUGGAAUAAAACAAUUUGUUGAUGAUCGCAAAACUAAAACUAAAAAAUGGCUCAUCUUUGGAGGACGGAGAGAAGUUAGCUUCUACGAUCAAAAGAAAAAAAUGACUCGCGAGCUCCAGUAUGGACACGAUGCGGAGAUUACGAAUGUUUCUCGUAACUCUCGGGUGAUGAAUCAAAACGCACUUGAUUUCUUCAUCUGCAGUAAGACUAGCUUCCAAUGGGCAUUGGUUCCUAAUUUUGUCGUGAGCCUCCCCUUAUUCGACCACUGGUUAGUUCUCUAUAGCAACAAGGUUGGCAUAGAGACGUUUGACAUAACAAAUACAGCCAGAGUAGUACAUCAAAAGGGAGUACAGAAAUUGAAAGAUUCGAUCUAUGAAAAGGCUGAUGAUUUAAAUAGGUUUAUAUUCGAUACCUCGCUUGGAAUCAGAUGUGCGUUUGACACUUCUAUGGCAAGACUCCAUUGCAUGAGGAAAGCUACAAAGAUACGGAGGGUGGGGAAAGAAGAUGUAAUUGUUGUUACCAAGAAUCACAAAUUCGAUACUCCCGCAAAUAACAGCUGUAUUUUUCCCUAUCCACUAACGGCACCUAUUCUUGACCCAAUAAGUGACGAAUAUUGAAAUGAUACCAGUUUUUCUCAUCUAAACAGAAUAAAAUAAAAUGAUAGCCCAUGGUGCAAUGUAAUAAAGAACCAAUAUUCCUAGUAUGUUUUCAUGUUUCAAUAUUUUUUUAAAACCUACACCAAUCAUCAUGGAUGUUGACAAUGUCAUUUCUAGGCUAAGCAAGAUAAAAAUCUUGCCACGUAUAAGUACAACUACAUGUACCAUAGAUGAAAGCACCUCUUCUACCCCAAUGUUCCGUGGCCGGGGUCAAGUGAGCGUUUUGACAACAUAUAAAUACCCUCCAGCCCUCUUCGGUGUAUUAUUUAGACGUAACAUAAAAUCUUUUAUAGUGAAAUGAAAAAGUUUAACUGAUCAUAUUUUAAUGUUUUCAAAAAAGUUGUUAGUCCCAUGCACCCACUUACACUUCCCCAAAUAAGUUUGACAACCUUUGAUAGCAUGUUAAAGCCUGCCAAUCUAUAGAUAUUAUGUUUAGUACUAACCAAAAAUUUCCAAAAGCCCUUAGUAAAAGCUUUAAUGUCCUGUUUAAGAACCCAUAUUCUUUAAAUGUAUUCUUGUAAUAUUAUCCAAUAUUAUCUACAGUGUAGGUCUAGAAGUAGAUUCAUGUUGGAUAUCUAGAAUCCAUUUUCAUUAGUAAGAAUACGGGUUCUUAAACAGGACAUUGGACUUGCUUUUUCACGGUUUUUUUAAAACUUUGUGUCAGAUCUAGUUGUUGCUUAAUUAAAUUCGGCCAUUUAUGACAAAAUUGAUAGAUCUACUGAGAUCGCCAAACAUAACAAAAUGUGGUCUAAAUUGGAACUUCCAGUUGCCAAAUUUAUGGGGGGAGUGCACAUUUGUAUACCCACUUAAACUGAAACAGACUUGUCGAUUAUCCUUGAUUGACAAAUAUUCAAAAUUUAUUUAUAUUGAUAUCACAUUUAUUUGAAAUCUACAUAGAAAUACAGUUUUAAAAUUGUUUAUAAACUUUGAAACUUUGAACAUUUUUUCUAUUCAAUUUUUCAUUGGAUUCAUCAAACUAAAAAAGCUUAGAUGGAAAUGGAUACUCUAAAUCUAUUUCUUAUUCAAGUUUAGAUGAAGUUUUUUAUGCCACUUGAUCUGACCAGAAUUAGAUACCUGGUGGUAACCUGGCAACUUAGUAAAUAUAUCUCAAUUCAUGUACCUCCCAUUACAGGGCAUUCAGCAAGCGAGCAUUCUCUUCAUCUAAAUGUGUCUGUAAGUGUUCAUUCACUUCAUCCAUAGUAUCAAACAUUAAUGAACAUAAAGCACAAACAAACUUCUCAGUAAUCACCACUCCAUUCUGCUCAACAUCUUGGAUUUCAUUUGAUUCAUGCACAGACUUACAUGCCCCCUCGUGUUUUAAAAGUUUGGAUUUAGACAAGAAAACUUCACCACAUUGACAUGGAAAGAGGACUUCAGACGUCGAGGGGACAGAGUAGUGUUUUGCUCUGCAAUGUUUCCUGAGGAUAUGUUUAGUUUUAAAGCUUAUAUCGCAGAUCUCGCAUGCAUAGGUGAGGCCUAGGUGGCUCUUGUUGUGCUUUGAUAAGUCACCCCUGCAAGACAAGACAUCAUACACUGAUAUAAGGUACUCAUAUUCAAAGAUUCAGCACGAUAACAUACAAACCAGAUUACAAAAACAUCAGAUUUUCAAUGGGUUAAAAUGUAUGUGUGUCAUCCAAAAUGAUAAAAUUUCAUUUAUAUAAACAACCAUGGUCUGGUACGUUUUGUAAGGAGAACUUGAUAAACAAGGUCAAGGACACACGCAUGGUCAAAGUCUGUUUCAGUAGAGCAUCACCAACACAUGAACUACCAAGUAAGUUAAAUAACAAACUGUUACAAAGUGAAAAAUUUCAACACUAGUCACAAAAAAUGAUGGCUGUCACAAUGUCAAAACUAAUAUGCUGAAUGGGUUGUAUAAGUUAUCCAAAGAAUAUCAAGACCUUUAA